AUGGAUAUCCAGAGUCUCGGCCGCGGCCGCAGCCACGGUGCUGCUUGCUUCUACAGUCUCAGCCCAGACAUGGAGCAAAUGCAAUCCUCUUCAGAACACGAUGAUGCUCUCGGCAUGAGCAUCGACAUCGACUUCUCCAAAGGCGAGGUAAACUCCUUCGCAGCCUCUGGAUCGCCUAAAUACGACAGCGAGGGCGUCUCUUUCACCGUCGCCCGCGCCAAUGACGCGCCGCAGCUGGCAUCCCUCUUCUACAUCAUGUUCGGCCGUGUCGAGAUCACGAUGAAGGCUGCUCCCGGAGCUGGUAUCGUAUCGUCGCUCGUUCUCCAGUCCGACGUGCUCGACGAGAUCGACAUUGAAUGGCUCGGCUCCGAUAAUGACGAGAUCCAGUCAAACUACUUUGGAAAGGGCCAGACAACCUCGUACAACCGCGGCGAGUUUCACGACGUGACAAAUACGCAGGGCGAGUGGAUUACAUACACCAUCGACUGGACCAAGGACCGCAUCGUCUGGAUGGCUGGCGGCACUGUCGUUCGGACCCUCAACGCCGGCGACGCCGAGGAUAACCAGUACCCUCAAACUCCGAUGCAAGUCAAGUUUGGCGCCUGGGCUGGUGGUGACCCCAACACAAACUCUGCAGGCACCGUCAAGUGGGCCCGUGGACCAACAGACUACUCCAAAGGUCCCUUCACCAUGAAGGUCAAGAGUGUCGUUGUCACGGACUACUCAACCGGUGACGAGUACAAAUACAAGGGCACAUCUGGCUCCUGGCAGUCAAUCGAAUCCGUCGGCGGUGAGAUCAACGGCAACGAAAAUGGCGACGCCAUGACCGUCACUGCUACCGCCCAAGGAACUGUCGCUACAGCAGAUGGAAACGUCCCCGUCGGAGGUAUCGCCGAGGACGGAAGUCCCGCUACGGCUACACAGACCGGAUGGCCCUGGACCGGCUCCCGACCUUCUGGCGGAGCGAUCCCCGAAGGCUGGAGGCUCAACGCCAAAGGGAAAAUCAUUCCCGCCGAGAACAGCGCCGUCGUUCUUCAGCCUUUACAUAACGUUAUUGCCGUUGUACCCUUCUUGGCCGGCAUCAUGGCAUUUGCUGGUCGUUUCUUUUAG